UGCUCCGGAAAGUUCAUCAUGUCAGGCUAAGAAAAUUUUAAGUAAAAAAAAAGAAAUAAUUUGGCUUCACUAACGGGCGAAAAUGUCGGCCAAAGUAAAAGUUCCAACUUUUAGAAAAAUUAUAAAAUAACGCAAUAAAUAUUACAUAAAAAAAGAAAAACAAGAAAAAUGGAGAGAUCAUUUGUGCGACAUCAAAGCGACGAAAUGGACAAAGAAGAUGACCGUGCGAUUUCACAAAUCACAACAAAAUAAACCUAUUAGCCGUUAAAAUUAAUGACAAUGUUCAAAAAAAUUUUGCGAGAACUAUUUCAUCUUGCAACAAGCUCUAUUGCAUACCAUUUUAAACAAACAAUAGCUCUGGCUGGACUUGAAUGACAAAUUAUAAACACCAAAAUAAAAAUAAUGCGUUCCAUCUUUUCUCGUAUUCCUGAAAAAUUACCAAUGGACGAAGCUCAGGAAAUGAGCGACAGUAAAAUACGUAAAAUUCGAUUAACCAGUCGGACAGGUGAAAACGAAAUUCGUAAAAUUGAACGUGCUAAGAAUAUGAUUGAGGACCUAGAACAUUACGGGCCAGCCAGUCUGAUACACGUUCCCGUCUUAAGUAACAUAAUCGGAAAAUCCAUCAAGAUAUGGAAUACUGAUAGCAGCAUGAACAGCAUUAUCGGCAAUAAGAAAAUAGGAUCAGCAAUAAAUAUAGAAUACCAUGCAAACCGUCUGGGAGGAAUAGGCCAUUGGACUCUGAUGCAAGCUAAAGACCCCGACAACACCGACUUCGAUUUGAAUAGUUGCCUCUUUUCGGUAAUCGGCUCGCAAACCGGGCUGAAUCCAUCGGAACUUCGUAGAUGGACAGUGUUGAGACUCAGAAGCAACCUUCGGCAAUUGGCUGACCAGCUGGACGAGAUCUUUCAAUUAGAAGAAAUCAAUAAUGACAUGGUUCUAAUGAUUGGCGGGGCUCGUUACAUCGGAACCUCAGCUUACGACGCCAAGUUAGUCUUGGACAAUUCGCAAAAUGCCGAAUGUUAUGCGUGUACACAAAGAGGUCAUCCUAGAGGUCACGCAUCAUGCCCUCCGAACACGUCGUACGGUUACACAGACAGCGUAGAGAAUUACUCACUGUCCACAAAUAGAAACAAGAGCGGUUUUCUAUCACGAGAUGAUCAGGAUAAAGUUGCUCAUUUGGCCUUAAGUACUGAUCAUGCUCAAGCUGCUAUGGAAAAGCUUGACUUGAACGGUUCUACGAGCGAAGUAGUAAAUAUAAAUGGUUACCUACUGAGGAAAGAGUUAAGAAAUGGAAAUCUGCCUAAAGCAAAAUGGUUUCGAGCAGGGUACCCCGUCGGAGACGAAAUGGACAUACAACAAGUAUGCAUGGUAUUGAGACAUCACAAGGAGCACUUUCGCGACCGAAAUAAGGAUGUUUUCGUCCACACAUGUUACCCAAUAAUAUAAAAUAACAAAGGGGUACAUGUAUACCUAGGUAACUUUCAGUAACUGAGAAAUUACUCAUUUCGAGAGAAUUAAAUCUGCUAUUGCAGAUUUAUUCGCUUUGAUCGCGCUUUAUAU